CUGAACAUAUAAAACCUCCGCAGAGCAAUAACAUGCAGUAGAAAUACUGACGAUUGUAAACAUAGGUGUUAUCAUGAUGAAGACAAUUAGCUUUCUUUGUGUGAUCGUCGUUCAGUUAGCCUGUCUUGUCCACGCCCAAUCAAAUCGAGAUGCUCUUGACGUAUCAACAACUAACAAAAAAGUUGGAGUUCCUGAGGUUCGAUUGGGAGCAGCAGGGAGUGGAACCGACAGUAAGAACUGGAAUGCAGGAGUUAAAGCUGCUGUAGGCACCAAAAUAUGGGAGAGUAAGAAUGGUAGAGCCAGUCUCGGACUAGGUGCCGCAUACAACCAGGGCUUUGCACGGUCCCAUGGUUACCCUUUCAAAACAAAACCUGACUUCGGAGUCGGAGCUAGCUUCCGGUUCCGUUUCAAGAGAUCAGAAAAUUAAGUAAAACAGAAUGGAAUGUUCUUUGUGUGUGAAAGUAUGUUUCUUAUAGUCACAAAUGGAGCUUUAUAAACACCAUCUUUAGAACGUGUCUUUUUAAGAAAGGACAAACGGUUAGCAUUUCUUCCUUUCAUUAGCAUUAUUUUAGUUUUACUUGAUUUCCUACCUUGUUGGUCAUGUUAAAUUUGUUAUUCAAUAUGUUUUUAAAUAAUUUAGAAAUCAUUUGUGAAUUUUAUGUCAGAUGAAAAAUAAAAAAACGUUUGAUCUGGA